UACAUAUGAGUUUGAAUUGAUUCCCACACUGCUGAGUGAGCUUUAGAGUACUCAAUAAACGCCCAGUGCGUGGUCAAUACUGCUAAGAGCAUCUAAAACCAAGCUACCGUCCUCCACAAGAAACAAGAGCCAACUCUACACAGCCAAAACUAUACAACCAAACCGAAAUGACCGACAUAACCAACAUAACCCUCUACACCUACUUCCGUUCCUCCUGCUCAGCGCGCCUCCGCAUCGCCCUACACCUCAAAUCCCUCCCCUACACCUCCAUUCCCAUUAACCUCCUAAAAGAUGAGCAGCGCGCUCCCACCUACGGCACGCUAAACCCCUCACUCACCGUCCCAUCACUCAUCAUCGAGCACGGCACCAAACAAACCACCACGAUAACCCAAUCCCUCGCCGCCCUCGAAUACCUCGACGAAAUCACCUCCUCCCCUAAAACACCCUCUCUCCUCCCCCCGCCCUCCGACCCCGAAACAAGGGCAACAGUCCGCACCCUCGCAUCCAUAAUCGCCUGCGACGUACAACCCGUCACCAACCUGCGUAUCCUAAAGCGUGUCGGACCACUAGGUAUGGACCGGGCUGCGUGGUCGAAGGAUCUUAUUAUCGAGGGGUUCAGGGCGUAUGAGGCGAUUGUUGAGAAGACGGCUGGGAGGUUUAGUGUGGGGGAUUGUGUUACGAUGGCGGAUGUUUGUUUGGUGCCGGCUGUUUGGGGGGCGGAGAGGGUUGGGGUUGAUAUGGGGGAGUAUCCGGUUAUUAGGGGGGUGGCGGAGAGGUUGGAGGGGGAGGAGUGUGUUAGGAGGGGGCAUUGGAGGGGGCAGGAGGAUACGCCGGGGGAGUUUAGGGUGCAGUAGAUAGUGUAAAUAGGGACUAUCUUGUUGUCUUUUAAUAGCUUGGAUUCUAUGCGAAUAUUCAGAUUCAGAUUC